CGUCAGCCUUAAAAAUUAAAGCACUUUAACCAGCUCGUAGGAAUAUUUGUAAUUUAAUAGAAAUUAACGAGCACGGCAAGACCCUGUGAUGAUGUUUUCAUAUUCGUUUUUUGUUUUGUUACUUUUGUUUUGUUUGAAUACAUUCGUUUUUCUAGCUGUCCCCUCGAAUAUGCAUUCCCAUUAAGUGACGUGUGCGUUCACUCAAAUAGAAACAUUGUGCCAUUAAACUCGGAACCGCAACGGGUUCGGGUUAGGGAACGGGUGCGAAUCGGUUAGUUGAAUCGGAACGGAAACGAAAGAAUUCUUUUGUCUAUACACAUAUAUGUAGUAAGUGCCAGCAAGAGCGCAGAAAUAUUCAAAUUAUUCCGAGUAUGUGAUGUCAUAAUAAUGAAACUGCUAAAUGAAAAUGUUGCCAUCUUUCUGGUUUCUCAUUUAAGUUUUAACGCUUUCUGCAAAACCGAUUCGGAUUCCGGAAUGAGUGCUUAUUUUUAGUAGCAGCAUGCCACUAAAUGCCAAAUUAAAAUCUUCCAUAAGAUACUUUAGCGGGCUAAACAUAGGUUCGAUUUGGCCAAUUUCAUUCCGCAAUUAAUGAUCCUCACGCCUCCAUGAAGGCUGAAAAUUGUGCGAAAAUAAUAGUUUCUGGUUUUGGGAUAAUUCUACGAUUAUAUGUAUGAAAUAAUGGCCAGGGCAGGAAUGUGUGGGCACGGUUGAGGUGUUAAAAAAAAUAUUCACCCGGUGUUGUAGGAAUUGGAAAUUUCGGGUAUAUAUUUCACAUGCUAAUUGCUCUAAAAUGCUUUUGUGUGGCAUUGAACUUGCAGAAAUAGAGAACUGGAAUUUGCAGAACUAAAUUGUGCUUUCUACGUUGCUAAAUAUAUUUUUGUAAAUACUAUUAAUCAUGCAUUGAAAUUAAAAUCGUCUAUAGAUUGAGGCCUCUUGAGCAGCAAAAAAAUUAGUAUUCCCCGCUUAUAUCGAGGGAACUUAUUUAGAAAAGAUACAGACAUCGCGUGGAAUUCCUAAAGCAAUCACAGCCGUUUUGCGUAAUACGACGCAUUUUGUUCUUAGCUCUAUUCUUUUUUUUUAUGAUUCUCCCCGAGACUGUGGCAGUUUGUGGUCAAUAUUAAAAACCGGCUAGAAGCAUGGCCAGAAGGUAACACAAUAAGCCCAGAACCGAAGGCACAGCCUCACAGAUUUGUAGGUUGCGGCCCGAUGUCGUAUGGGGCAGAUAAUGCGCAGAAGCUUCGAAUAAGUUGCUGGAAAACCUGUAGCUUCGGUACAAACGAACUCGGUGGAGAACAUACACAACCGUACUCACAGAUUGAAUAUCUAUGAGUAACUCAAGUUCCACACCAGUUCUGGAUGCCUGAACAGAACAACAAUCGCAGCUAAGACCUUUUUAAAUCGAUGCUGUUGCUGUUGUUGUUGAUGAUGUCAUGUGAGAUACAAAAUGCCCGAACAAGAUACAGCUCGCGUGCACACACACUCUCAGAUACACAGAUACAGAUACUAGUGCGGUAGCGCGUGGCAAGAGGCAAGUAGUGGUAUGGAAUUCGCACGCCAAAUCAAUUGUUUUGGCCCAGGGCGUCAUCGGCGGCCCCAAAAGACCAAGUGUCCAAGGUCAGCACAUAGCGGCUGGCAACAGACCAGUCAUCCAACGGAGUCUAGGAGUCGUGUCCUGGCACAGGAGCAAUUGCCCGAUGGCUGAUGUCAUGGCCCCGCCAGGUAAAUCAAUAAUUCCGCAACAACAAAUAUAUUCCCGGCGCCAAGGGCAGGUCAGACAUCAAGUCUUUUUUUUGGUGGGGUUACGAAACUACUAAUGGCUAUGAAAUCACCGGAUUGGAUCAGUGUCUCGUGUACUGCUUUUAUAGUACAUUAUAGUAUGAAUACCAAUUGGAAUAAGCAAUUCAUUUUACAGACAUUUUUAUGUCAAAAGUUCUGCUCCAAAGGCCUUCAAAAACCUUGGCCGAACUUCUAUUAUAAUUUACAAUUUAAUAAGUAGACCGGCGCGGGCACUAUAGGGUUAAAACCACUUGUAAUUCCCAUCCCGCUGUUACUAUUUUCCGGCCUGGUUCCUCAAGUGUAGCUAAUGAAAUAUUCAAUUUAAUUGAAUGACCCUAAACCUGACCCACAGACGAGUGACCAAAUUAGCCCGCGACAUUGGCGACGCAUACCAGAGGCUUGAACUUGUAAUUGAAUUACUCUUGGGAGGGGCAUUAGGGAUGGAUGCCCCAACAGCCACACAUUAAAGAAAACCUUAAUUGAUUCUCCACAUUGAUUGCGAAGGAUAUAAGUACAGGAGACGGCUGGCCACUUUGGGCCAUCAUACAGUGCACCGGCGAUAUGAAGCACCUACUGACUGCACUCGUGGCCAUGAUGAGUGUCCUGCCGCGGGAUCAUCUCGUGGCCGCGAUCCAUGGAUGUCCGCGUCGCUACCUCAGGAGGAUCAAUGGCAAAUGCUACUACUUCUCCGUAAAAAAGAUGAACUGGUUCGGUGCUUUGAACAACUGCCUACGCAAAGGACUAACCCUGGCCGACUUGGCCAAUCCUCGGGACUUUGAAGGAGCCGUGGGUUUCCUCAGCUCCAUGGGCAACACCGAGGACUUCUGGUUUGGAGGGAAUGAUCUGUACCACGAGGGACGUUUCCAGUACAUAAGCAAUGGCAGACUGGUGAGGUACUAUAGCAACUACAGCAAUAUGUUGCCUGUGGAGCACUCGGAGUGCGAUGACUGCAUGGAGGUGCGCAUUCGCUCCAACAUCAACAUGGUGGCGGCGGACAACUGCCAGGAGCGUCAGUAUUUCAUCUGCUCAGAGCGGUACUGCCAGGAGGGCGAAGAAGGCAAGAAGCCCCGACACCACAGUCACGAGCAUCUGCAUCAUUUCCAUCACGACAUUGGGGAGAGUGGCGAUGGAGAAGUCGAGGAGGAACGCGAUGCCCACAAACAACUUCCGAUUGCCAGUGCAUCGAGUGAGCAAGAUCAUCAGGACUCGGAGGCAGCUGCCGGUGCAGCAGAUGUCGAAGAUAACGACCAUGCAAGCAAUGAAACCGUAGCCACCAAUGGCACAGAUACUACUGGAAGUUCUGCUCCUGGAGAUGGACCCUCAACCACUUUGGCACCGGGAGCCAUAGCAGCGCCGGAUGCAUCUGCAGCUCCGGCAGUUAGUGGUGCCCCGGCGGCUGGUGAAGAAAUCUCUACCGCAACUACUCCAUCUACAGCUGCACCUCCCCCAGCAGCUUAAAAUAUAGAAUUCUGUAAUCCUUUUCGAUUAAAAAAUAAACAACUAUGAAGAAAA